AUGUCAAAUUGGUUUAAAGUUGCUAUUGAACAAAAAUACAUUACGUCAUUUGAGUAUGAUUCUUUUCAGAAUUGGGAAGAAAUAGGCAGAGGAGGGUCUGGUACUAUAUAUAGCGCUUAUUCAAGAGAUAUUGAAAAAACUAUAGCUUUAAAGAGUUUAUAUUGCGAUGAUAAUAUUUCGUUGAAUAACUUUAUUAAAGAA